CCAUGGCAGCAGCACUACACAAACAUUCACAGCGGGUUACAGAGCAGCUUGUUAGUAGCCUACUGUAACAUCAAAGGGUCGCAGUUCAUGUAACUCGGGGUUGUUUUGUGUAGUAUUUCAGCAAGAAAACACAACGGUAGUAGCGAUGCCGAAGAAGAAACUCGCCAAAGUAAAGAGGACGAAAGCCGGGAAAUCAAAGAAAGAAGGCAAACAUGAGUCAAAAGCGGACAAAGAGUCGGACAUCGAGAAGGCCAAGGCCAAUGCUGCCCUCUGGGAGCUGAGGGUGCAGGUCACCGACCAGUCGCUCGUGCAAUACCGUGAAGCUUGCCGCAAGUUGGCGCGCGCAAACGAGGAGCUCUCCAACCAACUGUACCGCGCAGAGAAGGACACCAUCGAUAUAACUGGCUUUCUGAAGAGACAAGAUGCAGCCAAAGAGGAGAAGAUCAAUAUGCUGCAGAAAAGCCUCAAAAGUCAAGACGCACGUGCAUAUGAAGAGAAAAACAAACUGGUCAAAGAUUAUACCAUUCAAAUCAAUGAGAUGCAAGAACUGUUCAGAAAGAAGUCCAGUGACUUUAACAUGAUCCAGGAAGGAAUGAAUAAAAUUAAGGAGUUUCACAAGAGGAAGGCCCAGAUGGAGCAGGAGCUCAGUGAUAUAAGAGAAAACAUGGAUGUUGCUGAGAAGGAGCACAGGGAAAACCUAAACAAAACUGAGUACAGAUUCUUCAAAGAAAAGGCUCGCCUGGAGAGGGAAGCCGAGCGAACGAUAGCCCUGGUAGUGGAGAGGGCCCACAAUGAAGCCAUUGUGCAGUUGGACGAUGCCUCGCGCUCUGUGUUCAAGGAGAACGUCCGUCUCAAUGAAGCGCUGAAAUAUCAUAUCAAGGAGGCAGAGGACCUGCAGAAAUUGACACUUUCAUUGACUAAGGAAAAUGCCUCUUUGGCACUGGACAAGGAAACAUUUGAGUUGAUAGUAAAGAAAAAUGCAGCUCAGAUGGAAGCCCAAAAAGAAGAGCUAUCCAAGCUGAGGGCCAUGGUAACUUACCUGGAGCAGGCCCUCAAGCUAAAAGCUGGGGAACCUGAGCGAGAGAGGAAGGAGAAGGAGAGGACAGUGGUCAGCAUCCAGGCCAGCCAGGUAGAGCUGGAGAAGCUGCAGAAAGUGCUUGCCAUGCGGGAGAAGGAAUUGGGCCACAUCAAGCGGCUAGCGAGCACCAUUGUAGAGCAGCGUACAGAGCUGGAGCUGUUCUUCCAUGAGGCUCUGGCUCAGGUGAGGCAGGAGAUCAUGGCCAGCAGGCUGCAAUACAAAAAGGAGGCACUACAGGCUUAUCGCUGGAGGCUGAGAGACGCCACUGCAGGAAAACUUAAAUUUCCACCCAUCCGCACCUUUCAUAAAAGCCCCCACAGUACCAACUCUGUCCAUUCAGACAUGGAGGCGGCUGAUAGGUGGACUUAUCAACCAGGCAGCAACGUUGAAAUCUCAGAUCUCACUUGGGAGCAAAAGGAACAAGUGCUCAGGCUUCUCUUUGCUAAAAUGAACAGACAAAGGGAAAGGAACGCCAGGGAACAUCCGGCUUUGUCGGACUCCUCUGAGAAGAAGAGCCUUUCUGAAAGCGAUGCUGCCGGAGAGGAGCUAUCCCAGGCGACCUUCAUCACCCAGGCGCCUGAGCCCGCUUUGCCCUCGAACCCGAAGAGCCUACCGGAUAUACAUACCACAUGACCUCCGUGUGGCCUCUACAUGUUACAUCACACUGUGGAUUGUUUGCCUCUGUGUCAUUCAUGUGUAUAGUAGAAUACAGGAUGUUUGUUUACUCAUUAUAAAUAUCUUACUGUGCA